AUUUGUUUUUGUUCCAUACAUAAAUACGAAACGCAAACGAGCAAAUUGUGAUUGUGUGUAAAAUGGAAGAUAUUUUCUAAUAAGUAUUUUGUUAUACUGUGUUCAUAAUAUGUAACUUGUGUUUAUUCAUUAUAAAAAAUUUGUUUUGUAUUAGUGUAACUAACGAUACAAAGAUGGAUAUUUUGAAAGCAGAAAUUGCUAGAAAACGAAAACUUAUUGAAGAAAAAAACAUCUUGAAUUCUUCAAAAAAGUAUUUCAAAAGAGGUGAAUUGCUAGCUAAAGAAAAAGAAGAAUAUUAUAGUAAACAUGGACCGCACACUGAAGAUGACAAAUUGACUACAGAUAAAGCAACAGAAGAAGCAGAAAAAGCUAAAAAGCAAGAAACAGAAAAUGAACAUGCAGAAAGCAUAUCCUUACCAAGAGCUGAAGUCAUCAGAAGGUUGAGAGAACGCGCUCAUCCCAUCAUAUUGUUUGGUGAAAGUGAAUUACAGUCUUUCAAAAGGCUGAGACGAAUAGAAAUACAGGAACCUGAAGCCAAUAGAGGUUUAAGGAAUGAUUUUCAAGAGGCUAUGGACAAAGUGGAUCAGGCAUACCUAAACGAAAUAUUAGCCUUGGGAACCCAGAAUGAAAGGGAAAAAUCACAAAACGAAGAUGAUUUAGAUGAUGCAGUUACAUAUGAGUUCAUACAAGAAAUGGCCAAGACAAUGGGUCAAGGUGACAGAAAUCAUGAUAUGAAUGUUAUAAUGAUAUUGUUACAGUACCUGCUCAAAUUGUGGGGUCAGCAGCUUAAUUCUGGUACAGCAGCAGAGAAGACGGCUAUCAAGCACAAGAUGACAAGAGCGACAUACACUCAAACACAAGUUUACUUAAAGCCUUUGAUGAGGAAAUUAAAAAAAAAGACCCUACCUGAGGACAUCUGUGACAGUCUUAUGGAAAUCACUAAACAUUUAUUGGAAAGAAAUUAUAUCAUGGCAAGCGACGCUUAUCUACAGAUGGCGAUAGGCAAUGCUCCAUGGCCUAUUGGUGUAACUAUGGUGGGUAUCCACGCUCGUACGGGACGCGAGAAGAUUUUUUCCAAAAACGUCGCCCACGUCAUGAACGACGAGACCCAGAGGAAAUACAUCCAAGCUCUGAAGAGAUUAAUGACGAAAUGUCAAGAGUAUUUCCCCACAGACCCAUCCCGAUGUGUUGAGUAUAGUACAACUAGAUGAAUAAAAAUUCUUGAAACUCUA